AUGUUGCCUCCAUCCACCAUCGAUGCCGUCACUGUUCAGAAUCUUGAACUUCUAGCUCCUAGACAUUCGGAUAUCGAUAGGAACUUAGUAGUUAAUCUCAUGGAACGCGGGGAAAUAUUCUCCUCUCAACAAGAUCGCAGCAUACGCAAAGCUCUAUUGGAAAAUGUCUGUACCUUUCCCGGCGUCAUUCCUUCAUUAAGAACCUUUUUCGAAACGCUGAAGUACCUGGAGCCUCUUUGCGAAGCGCUCAGACAAUUACUGGGCGAACAGAUGAAAAGUACCAUACGCUCCAGUCUCACCGGUCUCUUCUUCGGUCCGAACAAGAACAUGGUUCAAUUAAACGAGACUGAGGAUGCCGAGAUUCGGAUUGCGCUCAGCCAACAAGACGCAAUGAUGCAAGCUGACUUUGGAUCAACCACAAAUGCUCAAGUGUUUGAUGAGGAUCCUAUGGACCUUGAACCCCCAGUAAGCUCACCAGAACUAGAUAAGUAUGCUGAAUUGCAAUCGCGUUACGCGAAACUCGAACGUGAGUAUCAUGACAUCUCCGCUCAGUACGAUACACGAGUAGAACGUCUACGGAACGAGAAUGAAGAUCUCAAAGGCCAAUUACAGCGAUGUUCGUCAGAAUAUCGGCGAGUCAAGGAUGAACUGGACCGCUUCAACCAAGGAACAUGGGUAGCAAUGCACGAAUUAGAAACGGAGCGCGCUGAGAGCAGUAACCUUCGCUUGAAGUGCGCUCAGCUUAGACGAGAACUCGAGGCUUCAAAGAACUCUGCAACACAGAUUAUUUCACGUAUAGUCGAGUUACCAGAGCCUCUUGCAAUAGAGUCUACGACGAUGCCAGUGCUCGAAGAUAGUGACGAAGAAGUAUCGGAUGUUCCACCACUAUCCGAUUGGAAAGAGAGAACCGGCAAAGGUUAUGAGAUUUUCGUCGUGGAUCAUACUUCCGAACAAGUCUUGAAGGGGUAUAGCUUCGAUAUCAGCUCAAGCCGUGGGGAAGCUGUAUCCCGAAUAAGUGAUGCAUUGCACCAAGCUGCAUCAAUUGCCGAGGGUAAAGAGUACCACGUAGCAACAGUUCUGGGGAAACGUAUCGUCAACACAGAUCCUGAAUUUCUUUUUGGAACAAUCGAGACUUGUCAGACGUUAGCUAUUGGGACUGAGAAGGGCAUAGAGAACUGGAAUUCCACUUUGAACAAGGCUGCGCCAUCUUCACUGUCGUACCCAUCGACUAUUACCAUCCAGCAGGCUACUAGUCAAGCUCUAGAGAAGACAUCCACGAUGGCCAGGAAACGGAUGCCAGCCUUCAACAACGAGACAACGACGACUGACGGCUACGCGAGAAAAAUAGCUAAGACAAAAAAAUCGCAACAGCGUCUUAUUGCCGCUCCGCCAUCAACAUCGGAGCAAGAACAAAGCUAA